CUGUGGGUGGCUAAUAUGUAGUAGUCGUGGAAGAAGAAGAAGAAGAAGAGAAAGUAAAAGGUAAAUAAACAAUGUCAGGGGCACAAGGAGCAUUGCCCAAGGAGUCGAAGACGGCAACGAUAUAUGAAUCAGUACAAGGAGGAGAGAAUAAGAGCAAAACGGAGCUGAGGUCCAAGGAGGAUGAGGGUGGCAUUCAGGUUGAUAGGCUGGAGGACAAGGUGAAAGAUCCUACUGGCGAAGGUGGCCCUAUCUUUGGCUCUCCCUCUCCCAACAACGAUGACAACCAAGACUUGGGCGUUACUGGCACAGCCUAGGCCUACCUUGCUUCAUUUAGCUACCCUUCCCUACCUACCAACCUACUGCUAUCUCCUUUUACAUGUCUUAUAUAGUAAGAUGUAAUAGAUAUAUACACACACGUAUGCUCCUACAUGUAAUAACACAAAGAUGCUGUUUUUCUUACUUUCUUUUUUAAAUAAAUGUAUACACCAGUGCUGGUAUGGUGUGUUUUGUUGAUGUACCAAUGAUUCAAAUUAAUUAAUCUGAGUUGAAAAGAAUGAUUUGGUGUUUA